AAAAAAUUAUGUGCUAUAAUAUUUUGGAAAGAUCAUUAAAACUUUGAAAGGAAUUGUCAAACAAAUAUUAAUUUUGCGAACGUCAUGAAGGUCAGUGGUUGAGACUAUUCAAAUAUGGCCGCUGGUUCGAUUUGCCCUGGAAAUCAACCAAAGCUUGGGGCCGGUUCUCGUGUCUCUUGCACUAGUUUGAACGGAGAAAAAGUUGAAGGAGAAGUACUUGCUUAUGAUGGUGAACAUAAAAUCCUUGUAUUAAAAAUUCCAAGCGGAGAGAAAGGAAAAUGCAAUAUAAAUUUUUUUAACACAGAAAUACUAAGUGAUUUUAAAAUUUUGGAAGAGGCUAAAAAAAGCCCUAGCCCUUUGCCAGCACUAGACAUGAGCAAAAUAGCCCAGCGCACAGAGCAAAAUCUGGCACAAAGACAAAGGCAAUUGCAGAGAAUUGGAAAUGAUGUUACUCCAAUGGCUCAAAAAUUGUUUGAUCAUGUUUCAAAACAGUACAACAAUUGUUGUUGGGAUGGUAAAAAUAUUGUUGUAAAAGAUGCUGAUGUGAAAAUAAUACCACCCUAUGAACUUGAAAAUGUUGUUGGAGAUACCAAAGGAAGUGAUCACAUAAAAAAACUAGUUGAGAGAUUCCAAGAUGAACAAAUCAAAGCACAUUGACUGAGUGAAUCAACUUAAAGAUGAGUUGGAAAUGUGUUUAUGUCUUUUACCUUAUGUGAAAAACACCGCACUCUUUCCUAAUGAUUCUAAACAUUUCUUACCAUAAGCUUAUCUCUAUGUUUUACCUUGUACGUUUUCAAAACAAAAGGACAUAUUGUGAUGGUAUUUUUGAAAUCUUUUCUCUAAGAAAACAUAUUUUCAAGGAAUAAAUUGAUUAUGAUUUCA